CUUCGUAACCAGCCAAAUGGGGUCCAGGAGACCUAGUCAGGUUGAAAAUCACAGCUCUGUAAGUGCAUAUAGGGACGAGGUAAUAACUUUGGCUGUCUAUAGACAAUAAUGCCGGAAUCAUGUGGCAGGAGAGGUAUGCCAAACCUUAGUAGUGGGAUGUCAAGGCUAGAUGGGUUAAAGCCUGUAUUGUGUGCUGUGAUCGCUAGAGUCGCCGACAGACCAAAGCAUUCCAUGAUUCGCCCUCAAUUCCCCUCGGACAAGAUUGUUUUACUCGUCACCAGGAUAUGUACCAUUGAGCGUGCUUGCAACCAUCAUCAGAGCUGUAGACAAUGCAGCAAUGUGAACGCGUCAAUAUGCCGAAUGUAGUAGGUCACCUUGCGUUAUAUAUACAAUAUUUUACAGUAUGACUACAGGGAGCCAAUGUGCAUUCCGGGCACUUGAUAGCGCGAGCUUUGACAUUGAGGUUUAGACACCCGUAGAUUAGAUGUGCUCGGAGUCGG